AUGCAGUUACAAACUUCUCCACGCCUACCAGGCGUCCCCAUCCUGAAACUCGACUCUACCGGGCCGGAAUACUCUCGCUGGCGACGUAGCGUCAAAUUUGCGCUUGAAACGAAGGAUACCUGGAAAUACUGCAAUGGCACUUUGCCCAUGCCCAUGCCCAGUCCAAGGUUAGCUUCGUCCAUUUGUGUAACGGAGACGAAAGACAUGCAGCCGAGCUUGCUAGAAGAGCGAAGGUCAUGGGUACGGAAAGAUCGAGAGGUCAAGCUUGAUAUCUUUCUCUCGCUGGCAGAGGAAGUGAUGCUGGAGCUGUUUGAAGUCGGACCACCAUUACCACCCUCCAACUUUAGCUCGCAGGAGAUACUUGAGGCAUUGGAUGAACGAUUCAACGUGUUCAGCUUCUCUGGCUACCACCACGCAUUCUGCCAUUUCCUGAACCUGCACAUUGAUCAAUACGCAAGCAUCGAGGAUUUUAAUAACGAGUUCACGACGGUGCUGGAAGAUCUGAUCGACUACGGCCAUCCACUUUCCAAUACCCAAGCAUGCUCCGCCUAUUUUUCGAAGCUCCGAUGUACCCAGAAUCCAUGGGUCGCAAAGAAGUUGGAAGACUGGGAUAUGCUGCCAGCAAUGCCUGAUAUUUACAACCUCAUGCAAGAAUCGCCGCCAUGGGCAUGCAUACGACCACUGCGCAGGUCGUCCCAAACUUUUCCUGUACCAACAAUAUCAGAAAAACAUCCUGGAGAUUCAUGGAGUCAUCCCCAGAGCGAUAUACCGGGUCUCUCAAAUAGUAGCACUGCGUCAUCCGAUGGUUCUUGUUCAAGACAGCUCUCUAGACAAGUAACUCAUAGUCAGAAGGUCGCUGUGCAUGCUUCAGACAAGAAUAUCGAACCCGAUCCCCAGGACUUGCGCGAGGCAAUCGAGAAGCUU